AUGACAAAUGGUGUAUGGCUCUCUCCCGUAGUCCAUAAAGUGUUUGUGCUUUUGUCGUGCACAUUCUUGGGGUUGAUUUGCGGAACGUUGUAUCUCUACUCCUCCUACAGUCCCCAGUUUGCACAUCGUUUGAAGUACUCGGUGACGGAUGCGUCCUCCAUAGCACUAAUGGGAACGUUGGGAGUGGCAGUCACAGGCCCCGUAGCGGGUGCCGUGGUGGACAAAACUGGCUAUACGAUAGCGCUAGUAAUUGGUGGGCUACAAAUCAUUAUAGGGUACUUGAGCAUGAAGGGUCAGUUUGAUAACGAAUAUGGCAGCGUCAAGCUCUCGGCAUUCUUGGUGUUUGCAAUUGGAUCUGGAUCUACAUUCAUCAACUCCGCCUGUUUGAAAUGCUGUGCUGUCAAUUUCCCUAGCAUUCGUGGUGUCGCCACAUCCUUACCUUUAGCAUUGUAUGGCUUGAGUGCCAUGUUCUACUCAGUGCUCGCUUCCAUAUUCUACCCGGGGGAUACUUCAGGUUUCUUAGGCUUCCUUGCCUACUCGGCCAUUGUCAUUUUCGUCAUCUGUGCUCCAUGUGUUAUAUCCUGCGACUGGAGCCAGGAAUCAAAGUCUCUGGUGACGAAACCUCAUCCUGCGGACUCAAUAGAAAUGUCAAGCUUGAAGCCGGAACGUACUCCUCAACUUUCUCCACAUGUAACCAUUGCCAGAUCCCCAGGAUAUCAGCAGAUCGAGAGGGAAUCGAUGGAAAUAAGUGGAAUGAAAUUGGUCAAAUCCAGUAAAUUUUGGUUGAUAUUUGUGGUCACUGGUACUUUGGCAUCGUUGGGCCAAAUGUACAUCUAUUCAGUGGGAUAUAUGGUAAAAGCAAUUGUCAGUUUUGAAGCAAAUAACCUCGAGCCUGGGUCAAUAUUCACUCCCGAAGUAGAGGGAUUAAUCCAGAGAGAUCAACAAUUGCAGGUAGGUUUGUUGUCAGUAGCAAACUGUGCAGGUAGAAUCUUGUCAGGUGUUAUGGGUGAUGUAAUUUCUCAGUCUUUUAAGAAAUCGAGAACCCGGUUAUUAUUUCUACCAUGUUUUGGCCUAAUGUUCACCCAAAUAUUGGGGUUCGAGAUUACCAGACCUAAUGAUUUGUCAUUGGAUUCCCUUUUGACUGGGCUCUUCUAUGGAUACACAUUUUGUAUCAUGCCAAUGAUUGUUGGUGACUUGUUUGGAAUGGAGAACUUUUCUUCUAAUUGGGGUAUUGUUGGCUUAGCGCCAAUUUUACCAAGUUUUUAUUUUACCAGUCUUUUCGGUAAAAUCUAUGAUGCGAACUCUUCACCAUUGAGUGGAGUUGAUGAAGCCAAAUCUGAAUUAGUUUGCCUAAUCGGAAAACAUUGCUACAACUCGAUUUUCAAGUUGACUUUGUUCAUCACUUUUAUUUCUUUGGUUUGCGUUGUAUUCUUGAACUCCGAUAUUAGGUUGAGAACAACCAGAUAA